CGUUAUUUAUGUAAAUUACAUGUGAAAAUUAUAACUGACGUCACAUGUGAUAGUCGUCUGCAUGUAAAUAUUAUUCAUUACGUUCAGAAAUGGCGAGCGAGUGUUCUGAAAGUGUCUCAGACGCCAGUUUAAAAAUUAAAAAACCUAACUGGACCGAGUUAGAAAAGAAAAUUUUGGUGGAAGAAGUGCAUUUGAGGGAGGGUUUAUUGUUUGGGAAAUUUAAGGGUGCUGGGGGUGGGAAGAUAGCGAAGGACGUUGCCUGGAGAGAGGUUGCACAGGCAGUGAACGGGAGCAGUGGUUCGGGAAUACUGAGGACAAGUGGGGAGGCUGCCAAGCAGUACAGUAACUUGAAGCAGAGGGCCAAAGGAAAGUUAUCAGAAUCAAAACGCCCAAAGACAGGAGGGGGUCCCAAGCCACCAAGCCCCACACCAGUUGAGCUUUCCAUUUUGGAACAACUGGAAGGAAGGCCUUCCCUUGAAGGAAUAUGUGGAGGAAUAGAUACAGCGGAUCCAGUGGAAACUCAGCCUUCCACCUCUUCUUCAGCAUCUUCAGAUGUGCCUGCAAAGAAGAAGGAUGUACAAGAUUCUGGUAAGAAAAAGAGGAAGCUUACCAUCCUGGAGCUAGAGGAAAGGAACCUAUCAUUAGAGAAUGAUAAACUUCAGGAAGAAAUAGAGAAGCUGAAAGACGAGAGACAGCUCAUUGUGGCCAAGAAAUCAUAUUAUGACCUAAAAUUCCAAAUUUUAUGUAAUAAUAAUCCUGAGGUAGUAGCUCAAAUGUUGAAGAGCAAUGAAUGUUGAAAGUUUUUACAUAGAAAUUUACGAUAGGUAAGAGCUGAUAUCUCAGCACAUUUCUGGUGCCAUAUAAUGACAUUUUUACUCCUAAUUAAUCAUAUAUCCACUUCAUUUUUGAAGAGUUUUUCCUAAUGAACCGAAAAUAUAACUUUGAGCUUUUCUGAUAAAAAAUUUGUCUAUUGUGGUUGUUGCCAUCGUUCAUGUUGUAAUCUUUUCACAAUUUCAUCUUCAGAACUAAAGGUCAAUUUUAACCAAACUAUGAACAAAGCAUUUUAAUAUGAAGGUAAUUGCAGUUUCUUAAAAUAGAAAGUUAUACAUGUCUUCUUUCAGAGGGAGUUAAUAAAGAAUUAUUGGUUUUUCAGCUCAUUGAGACAAAGUGUCCGGGGGUGGGGGGGGACCUUAUGCCCUAACAUUACUAAACUUGCAUGGAUGGUGCGCGUUAUGAUACUGAUGCACCCGACAGGCUUGAGUGCUAAAUCUGAGCUAUAGGUUUCGGAUGCUGGAGGAGGUUAAGUUUUUUGGAACAGGUCAAAUGUUUUAUAGAUAAUAGCUUUUUUAGCUCACCUGAGCUGAAAGCUGAAAGUAAAUAUUUUGAUGUAUUUUGUGAUAUGAUAUUGUAUCGUAUAAUACUAUAUUGUAUCAUAUUCGCGGUUUAUAAAGCGUAAACUGCCCCAAGUUAUGUUAUAUUGUAAGAAUCAAAGGAUGCAAUAUUGUAUUUUAUAUUAUUGUAUUGAUAAACAUUGUAUCUUAUAAUACUGUAUGAAAUGAAAAUAUGAUUAUCAUACCAGCUUUUAACAUAUGAUAUAGUGUCAAAACAGUAUCCAAGAAGGAAAACUAUGAUUUUCAUAUGAUAUGCAUAAGGUGGUGUCAUAAAGGUGAUGA